AUAAAUUCUCAAAAUAAAGAACAAUUACACACCGAGAAUGAUAUCAAUAGUUGAGGAAAGAAGGGGUAUAAAAUGAAAUAAGUUUUAGAGGAAUAAUAAAGAUCUGAGUUUGAAGUUGAAGAAGUUCCACUUAGAAUCUGGGAAUAAGGUAUUAUAGCUAUCAUUAUGUAGUUACUAAUCAGAUAAGAUAAGAGAUAGUGGUAUUAUCUACCAAAUAUUGAUAAUUAGUCUUUAUAAAAUCAAUUAUGGUAGAGCAACAUUGAUAAGGUUUUUUAAAAGGGUAAUGGAGUACCUAAGAUAUUCUAAAAAAAAUUAAGGAUGAUGAAGAUGGGUAAAUCCAACAGACAGUGCAGUAUUUGCUGUAAUAGUUUCUUAAAAGGUAACAAUCUAUAUAUACUAGAUGAGACAAUAAUAUAACUUCCUUGCAAGCAUAUAUUUCAUAAAUCUUGCUUGUCUUCUUGGCUUGAUCAUAGUACGAAGUGUCCUAAUUGUAGAAGUGAUGUUUUGGAUUUAUUAAUGAGUUAAGAGAGAUGAUUUACAUUUCUAUGGAAAAGAUUAUAUUAAACUAAUU